UCACAAAACGCGGCAGCUGUAGCCAUGAAACAACGCAAACCUAAUAACGAUGACGAUGAGCUCGUUGUAACAGCUGUAACACAAGCGAGAACACCCCUCACGAAACGACCCGCCCCCCAAACCCCAGUCAACCUGUCUAACAAGAAAAACAAAACAGCCAGCGCCCAUCUGUUUAUCGUAGACGGUCCCAACACGAUAAAAGAAAUGGGGCUGACCAGCCCUGAGGACCAACAGAUAGUUACUAAACUUGUGAAACUACACCCUAAAACCAGAUGGAAUCUCUUAGUUAGCAGAACUCUGCAGCUUAGGGACUUGCGAAGUCAGGUUUGUGCUUUACUCCAAAUGCUGGUUCCAGAGCUUGAUCAGAAUGCUGUAGGCGUCAAAACGGAGCCAGUGGACGGAACUAAACUCGUCUCACUCCUAAACCAGGUUUUAGAAGCUAACCAAGCCGGCGACGACGGAUCCUCGUCCCAACUCACGACCUCAUCAGAGCAACCAGUCAAUUCACAAACUGCAAAUUCCUCUAGUUCAUCAACCGUUAAAACAGAAAUUUUUAAUCCAUCCAGUUAUAGGGGCGCCAUUUGAUUAAGGCCGAAUGUUUUUGUGGCUAUUAUCAUAUGAUAGAUUGAAGUGCCUUUUUUAAUCAAAUUUAAAUUAUUUUAUAUAUUGGAGCCGUAAUCGUAACUUCGUUACUACGUUGUGAAGCACCCUUACUCUGCCAUUUAAAAAAAGAGUAACAUUAAAUUCGUAUUUGGAAGAUUAUUUGUAUUGAGAAAAUGGUGUUUUAAAAAUUAGUUGACGCACUUGAAAUAGUCAUGUUGUUUUCAGAUAGCUAUCUUGAUCAGCAGAUUCAAGUAAGAAUUUACGUUGAUAUUAUAAUUCAUAAUUAGCUUUUAUAUUGAUCAGGAUCUGUCCACUAAGUUUUCAACCAAUUUUAUCAAAUAAAUAAAUCAUGUACUAUUAAGUUUUAGAGUAGGUUUUCGUUAGUUGUUUCCUGAGUCAUGAGUAAACAUCAGUAUUUGUAUCAAUCGCAUUUGUAUCAAUCGCAUUUUUACAUAUUUUGGUUGUAUGUAUAAAAUUUUGAUUGUGAUGACACUAGUAUUAAUAUGAUGGCAUUCAAAUAAAAGUUAUAUUUAACGAUAGUCCUAGUUAAUAAUCUCAUAUUUUAUCGAUUCACUCUAUUUAUUUAUACCGUUACACUGUCAACUGU